AAACCGACGAGGAUGAACCAAGGACCUACAAAUGGCCGCUGAGGCCCCGCAACUUCGGUUGAUUGGAGCUUAGCGACGACUGCGACGACCCCCGCGGCUUCCCUAUCACACAGCAAGAGCGACGAGCGAUGGCUCCGAGGCCCUCCUUCGUCCUCGCCCGAUAGUCAAAGAACCCGAGAGACCCCCCACCCAUUUCCUCGUUCUUCCCAAAAUUGCCGAUCAAAGCGGCGUCAAGGAGCGAAAUUGAUCCCGGUUUCGGGCACCCAAUGGCCCAGAACUCCAGACCCAGAAGCGUCCUCGAUUCCCUGGGCGAGGAAAUCGUCCGGAUCGUCACGCCCGUCUCGAUUUGCAUGUUCUUGGUGGUGAUCUUGGUCUCCGUGCUGGGCUCCUCGUCUUCCUCGUCGUCCAUGUCGGGCUCCUCCAUGGCCACGAUCGCGUACUCCGAGUCCGACUCGGACUCGGACUCGUCCUGGGACAAGUUCAUAGGUGCGCUUUGGAACUCCCUCGCAUUUGUGGCCGUCGUCACCGUGGUCACUUUCGUGUUGGUGCUCUUGUUUUACCUGAGAUGCACUCGGUUCUUGAAGUUCUACAUGGGUUUCUCGGCUUUUAUCGUCUUAGGCUUCCUGGGAGGUGAAAUCGCUUUGUUCCUCAUCCAAGAUUUCAGUAUCCCAGUUGAUUGUAUCACGUUUUUCCUGGUUUUGUUUAAUUUCGCUGUUGUGGGUGUCUUGGCCGUGUUCGUGUCGAAGAUGGCCAUUCUCGUGACGCAAGGGUAUUUGGUGGUUAUUGGCAUGUUGGUUGCUUAUUGGUUUACUAUGCUGCCCGAAUGGACUACUUGGGUUCUAUUGGUUGCUAUGGCACUGUAUGAUCUUGCUGCUGUUCUGUUGCCCGUGGGGCCAUUGAGGCUCUUGGUGGAGCUCGCGAUUUCCAGGGAUGAAGAUAUUCCUGCACUGGUUUACGAGGCGAGGCCGGUGACUCAUAGCGAUUCAGGUCAUGAGAGCGGUGUAGUUCAAAGAAGAGUGUGGAGAGAGAGGCAAAGUUCUGCUCAUGAUCCAGUUGAGCCUCCUAAUUUAAAUUCCUCCAAUGCCAAUGCCGUGCCCAUUGCAAACCAAAACACCAGCCCUGGUAGUUUGUCUGUUAAUAGUGUCCAUAAUGUCACAAAUUCAGUUGCAGCCCCAGAGAGACCGUCACCAGACCGUGAAGGAGAAAGUGAACUUUCUGCACCAUUGAUCGACCACAGAAUAAACGUCAGUCCUCGGGGCAAUGAAGAUGCUAUACCGAGUGAGAAUUUGGUGCUAGAGGGUAUUGGCCUCGGUUCUUCCGGUGCUAUAAAGCUUGGUCUAGGCGACUUCAUCUUCUACAGUGUUUUAGUGGGUAGAGCAGCCAUGUAUGAUUUCAUGACGGUGUAUGCCUGUUACCUUGCCAUUAUAGCUGGACUAGGUAUUACAUUGAUGCUGCUGGCAUUUUAUCAGAAGGCCCUGCCGGCUCUUCCGGUGUCAAUACUGCUAGGGGUGUUGUUUUAUGUAUUGACUAGGUUCUUACUUGAAAUAUUUGUUGUACAAUUAUCCUCAAACCUCUUGAUGUUCUAGAAUUCAAAUUUCCCCAUUUUUCUAUCAUUGGUACCAAUUUGUUCAGCAAUAAUAUGUACUUUGUGGUGAUUACGUGCUA